ACCCGCGUAAACAAAGCUAGCUAGCUAACUUUUGACAGAAGUAAAAGGUACCAGCAUUAACAAAACAGAGCAACGACUGACUUGCCUGGGCUUUCCUUGCACCAUGGCUCGACCACUGGGAGAAAGCCAUAAAAGGUUCCUGCAAACCAUGAUGGUCAAUGGGAUCAUUGAUGGUGCCAAGGCAAGGGCUCUCCACCGGCAUUGCUGUGAGGCUCACGGUGCACACUAUGCUCAUGAUAAACUCGAUGAAUUCAUCGAGGUUAUCAAUGCCCAGCUGCAGCCCAUGUUCAUGCAGAUCAGAAAAGGGAUGUCUGAGGAGGAUGGUCUUCAGUAUCAUGCUUUGGUGAACAUGGCUGAAACUGAUGUGACCAGGAUGUCAACUGAUUAUGCAGACAAUGAGUUGGAAUUAUUCCGAAAAACAAUGGACCUAAUUGUGGACUCUGACAAUGGAACCGCCUCUUCCACGGACAUUCUUAACUGUGCCGACAGCCUCCAGACAAAAAAGCUAAAGAAAAGAGAAACGGAACAUGUACUGAACAGGCUUGUUCAGGAUAAGUGGCUGAAUGAGAAAAAUGGUGACUACUCUCUCUCCACUCGAUGUAUAAUGGAGCUGGAGCCAUAUAUUCGGAUGUUGUAUCAAGACCAGGUCAAGGUCUGCCAUAUCUGUCACAAUGUGGCCUUGCAGUGCCAGACGUGUGAAAAUCCUACAUGUGGCAUCAAAAUCCACACCCCUUGUGUCGCCAGAUACUUCAAAGGAAGGACUGAUCCACGAUGCCCUGCCUGUGAGGACUUCUGGCCACAUGAGAUCCCAGAUGUGUAUAGACCUCCGUCCUCUCAGAGCGAGACUCAGUCAGCAGCCAAAGAGAACACGGCCCCCGCCCCCACUCCUCGGUCUACAGCUCAGACCCGGAGGACCAGGAGGUCAUAACCUCACGGAUGCAUGUAUAGCUGUCAGAACCUUCAGUACAAUGUUUUGCCUUCAUUCAAAUGUAAAGAUAAAUUGAGUUAAGUUUGAAUGUUGAAAAAAACGUUUUUAUAAUUAUAUAUUAAAUGUUAGAUUCUUUCAGGAGAACAUCUAACUUUCCUUGAAUCGUCAA